GUCAAUCUCCAUUUGCGUGCAAGAUUGACAAUAUGGAUUUCUUGAAGCUUUGGAUGGUAGUUAGUGAUUUCCUAUAAAAUAGCUGCAGGUUGUCCAUUAGGCAUCACUCGUACUUUGAAGUUCCUAUUGUAAUCAACAACAUGCGUGGAUUUUUGGUUCUCUGUUUUAUUGCUGCUGCAUCAGCCCAAGGAUAUAACUAUGCUCCCAUAAGCGGAGGUAGUGUGGGUGGAGGUGGCCACAGCCAUCACCAUGUUGGAGGAAUAGGCGGUGGUUUCAGCAGUGGUGGACUUAGCUCUGGAGGCUCAUUCAGUUCGGGUGGGGGUUCUGGAUCGUUCAACAGUGGUAGUUCCUUCAGUUCUGGUGUAAGCAGUGGUGGUGGUUUUAGCUCCGGUGGAUAUAGCACUCCCGGCCAAACAAUUACCGAACUCAACAAGGAAUAUUACUUGUACUCCGCUCCAGAGGAAACAGUUCACAGUGGUGCCAACAGCCAAAGUUCAACGACCACAUUGAAGAAGAACCUUCGUGUUAUCUUCAUCAAGGCCCCAGAAAACAACGGAGCUGCUAACGCUGCACUCCAAAUUGCCAAACAAAUCAAUGAAGACCAAACAGCCAUUUAUGUUCUCACCAAGGAGAACGAUGUCUCCGAAAUCUCAAAUCAAUUGCAGCAAAUCUCAGAAAUCCGUUCACAGAAACCAGAAGUUCGCUUUGUCAAGUACAGGACCGCUCAAGAUGCCCUCAAUGCCCAACGUACCAUUCAAGCUCAAUACGAUGCUCUUGGUGGAAGCACAAAGAGCUCCAACGAAGGUGUUGCUCCUGUACUCAACUAUGCUUCCAGUGCUCCAGUUUCAAAUGUGCAAGGUUCAUCUUCACACCAUCAUCAUCAUCAGCAUUCCUCCUCAAGUGGUUCAGCAUCUUCUUUAUCGGGAUCUAUAGCUGCACCUUUACCACAAAAGUCAUACUUGCCACCUGUUGUUGUUUAAAAAUGUGAUCUUAAGUUAUGAUUCGAGAGAGUAUUACAGCCCGUUAUGUAGUUUUAGUAUUAUUUUUGUUUUGUUUUUAAAUAAAUAUACCUGCUUAAAAAAUA